CUCCCGUAACUGAUAAUGAAGAUAUAGACUGUAACAAUGUCAAUUUGUGCGACAUUUUUACCCAGGGACCCGAAAGAGAAGUAAAAGUCGCCUCUCAACUUGACCACCAACUCUACGCCAUAAAAAGGCGUGAAAACCCAGAAGCCGAAACCAACCCUAACUGGGAAGAAAGGAACUGUUAUCUCCAAGAUAAAAAAUGCGAAUGGUCAAGGGUGAUGUGUGAAAAAGAUUUCGAUAUCAAAAAGGAAGAAAUAAAAACUCUUGGUUUUUACUCGACCGGAUUUGAAAGAGGAAGCGAGUUCGGGAAGCUUCAUUUACAGGG